AUGAUAUCUUUCAAUUGGGUGGUUCUUGGCUUGCUUUUGCAGCUAGCUUCCGCUGUGAUUUUAGAUGAUGCAUUUAUUCGUGACUGGACGAAGAAUUGGGUCGGGCAAAUUUCCCAAUAUGAAUUUCAAAGUUCAGAUUCAAUCAUUGGAUUAUCAGAUCAGGGCCAAUUAUUCAAUUCACAUAUAGACUUAGAAACAAACACAAGUACAACAGAUUUACUUUGGAGAACAGACUUGAGCAAAUUUGGAUCCAACCCACAAUUUUUAUUAAACAAGAAUAAUUUCAAGGUAUAUACCUAUUCCCCAGACAGUACCAAAGCGUACGCUUGGGAUUCUAGAACUGGUAUAUUGGAAAACAUUUUUGAUUUGAAGGCAGAGCCACUUGCAAUUGUUAAUUUCUUCAAUAGAGGAGUGUUACUGGUAAACAUCGACGGCUCGGUGGAAUUAUUGCCAGACAAUUUAUCGAUUCAACCACAACUUGAAGUGGGCACCAUCAAACUGAAGUUGCCUAAGAAUGGCGGACAGGUGAAGUCCUCCACUCACGAUGGAAUUAUCUAUAUUUCCAUUCCCAACAAUAAUAAGAUAUUUGGAAUCAAAGGUGAUGGUAGUUCUGAUGUUACUGAGAUUGGGGGGGUUGAAACUGACAAGAUCGUAGACUUGAAAGAGAACCUAAUUUUGACGCAACUGAAUGAAGUCAAGUUGAUUGCUGGUGAUAAAGUUAAAGCCGUCAAGUUAUCGAAAAGAUAUGAAAACGUUGUUUUGAUAAGCUCCAAUUACUUCGUUGCUUUUGACGGUGUAACUUCUCCUGGUUUCACUUUGUAUAAGGUUGAUGAACCUUCUGCAACUGCUUCAGUUGUCGAGGGUCUACCAGAGAUCCCAACUCAAAUUGUAUCUAUCGAGUAUCUUACUGCUUCCAUAAAUGAUUUCCUUGUUGUCUCAACCCCAUUGAAGAAGGUUAUCGUAGAUAUUACGGGACUCUUGUCAGAUGAUGAUCCUUCUUCAACUCAAAUUACAACAUUUGAUCACCCUUCUUCGCCGAAGGGAAAGAUAUUGGACUUCCUUGAAUACGAUAAAAAUGAUAAUAUUAGGUUGAUAACUACAUUUAGCUUACCAGGAACUGAUGUGGCUAUUACUAAGCACAAUCAUGAUUAUUAUGUAUCUACAACGACCUUGCAACACAGGGAUAAUUUCGAAUCUCAAUCUGGAAAGUACCUUAUCGUUAAUAAGCCAACUCUUGAUGAAAAGACUCUUGAUGAUGCCAACCACCUCUUGGACGAAGAACAAGACGGAAGCAAAGCGGGUGAAUACAAACUUUUUAUAAUCCGCUGGUGGUCAAGAUUUCAAAGACAUUUAAUAGAAUUGAUUGAGUACAAUGUCUUUGCCAUCACAAAGGGUAAACUUCCAGACACAUCUAUCGCUGGUAGCGAAGAGGAACAAUUUGGCUUAAAGAAACUCAUCAUAUUUGUAGAUGAAAAGUUGAAUGUGUUGGUGGCUGUCAAUACUAUCGAUGGAUCGAUUGAGUGGGCUAGAGAAUUAGAUACCUCAUCUGGCAUACUCAUUGAUACAGUUCAAUUAAGUGAUGAGAAGAUUCUCGUAGUUUAUGACUCGGAGGUGAUUUCUAUUAACUUAAGGAAUGGUUCUACUAUUGCAUCUUAUGGUUUACCAAAUGGAUUAAUCGAAAAGGUUUUUACAGUUGAAGUAGAUGGCCAGAUUCUUGUACUCACUAAGGUUGAGAAUUCUUCGACUGUUUCAAUAUUAGGAAUUGAGGGUGUACAAAGUUCAUUUGAGAUUGACGAUAAAUACUUCAUUGAUAGGAAUUCAGGAAACGGAUAUAAGCUUUCUCUGGAAACACUCAAGUUAAUUCAAACAUGGAAACUUCCGCUUGAUGGUACUGAGAAGGUUGUUGCCGUAGAGUCUAAGGCUUCUUCGGUAGUUAGAUCAGGGAAUGGACUUGGGAUUGUCUUAGCUGAUAAGUCCGUCUUAUACAAAUACCUGUACCCAAAUAUUGCAGCUGUGGUGACUUAUGAUGCACUGUUAGACAAAGUGUCGUUCACAAUAAUUGAUAUAGUGACAGGUGCACAAUUGCAUGAACAAAGUCACGAGGGAGAAUCUAUUGAUUUGAAAUCAUUUUUGGUAACUAUGGAUAACAAUUGGAUAAUCUACUCGUACUUCUCUACCAACCCUAAAGCUGAGCAGCGUAUCGUUGUGAUAGAUCUUUUUGAGACAGGAAUACCAAAUGAAAAGGCAAAUAAUGAAGAAGACAACUCAAUUUUCAAUUCAUAUAACCAAACUAUCGGUGAAGUAUCAACCAAAUCAUUUAUAUUCCCAGAAAGAAUAUUACAACUCUCCCAUUCUGUUACCAAGUUUGGAAUCACUACAACCAAUAUUUUGGCCUUCACGGAUUCUGGUAGUUUGGUACAAAUUCCUAAAUUUGUCUUAAAUAGUCGUAGAAUAGCUGAUAGAGAAUUCACACAGGUAGACUCAAUGAAUGACUUCAGAUUGACUCCCUAUGAGCCAAUUAUUUCUGGUGGUGAUAAACAUUACCAUGUGUUGAACCACAAGAAUCAGCUUUCAGUUCAAGAUGGUGGUAAGAUCCUCAGCAUUGCCACAGAAUUAGAGUCAACAUCGGUUGUUUGUUACAUCAACAAAUUAGACUGGUUCUGUACAACGAUUCAACCAUCAUUGCAAUAUGAUACCCUUGGGAAGAAUUUCGCAAAGUCAAAGUUAAUAUUAACCAUUUUAAUUUUAUUGUUGGGGGUAUUAAUUACCACUCCGAUGGUGAGCUCGAAGAGGUUAAAUGCGGCCUGGCUCGAUAGGUCAUAG